UACCAACAUGUGCUAUUGCCUGGCAGCAAGUCUUCUACAUCCUAUCUGUUGGACGUGAAGGACAUGACGCUUACAAGGUGGAUGGGCAUGAUUAUUGGGCCACUAAGGACAAAUUAUGAAAACAGAAUAUACAGCUUGAAAGUAGAGUGUGAGCCUAAAUAUCCUGAAGCACCUCCAACAGUUAGAUUUGUAACUAAAAUUAAUAUGAAUGGAAUAAAUAAUUCCAAUGGAAAGGUGGCUGCUCGCAGCAUACCAGUGUUAGCAAAAUGGCAGAAUAUUUAUAGCAUUAAAGUUCUACUUCAAGAGCUAAGGCGUCUAAUGAUGUCCAAAGAAAAUAUGAAGCUUCCACAACCUCCAGAAGAACAAACUUAUAACAAUUAAUUUUAGCUGAAUCCCAAACUUGUCUUAAACAACUUCUACUUAUGUUAAUAUCUUGAUUCAGUUUCACAAUGCAUACCACCCACACAUUAUUUAUUAUUAUUUUUAUUUAUUUAUUAGAUUUCUAUACUGCCCUUCCAAAAAAGAGUUUCUGCUGGUGUACAUGAUCUGGACAAAGAACAUGAAUAGAUAGAUAGAUAUAUGCCCCAUAGGUUUUCAGAAAUUAUGAAUCGCUGACCCACUGUAUCAUCUGCAGAAACAUAUUAGGAUUAAAUGAUCUCACUGUCAGUUGACUGUGGCCGAAUGGCCAUAGUCUUAGCCAGCUCUUCAGUUUCACAAUGCAUACCACCCACACAUUAUUUAUUAUUUAUUUUAUUUAUUUAUUAGAUUUCUAUACUGCUGUUCCAAAAAAGAGUUUCUG